CGCUUCGUCGUUGUGUUGUCCAGCUGCCAAAGAUUUCUUAGUCGAGGCGGACUUUAGCUCUGCAAAAUAAGGUUUGAGCUUAGCGCGCCAAGAUUUGGAUUUCAGCCACACCACCAAGAAAUUAUUUAUCGACUAUCCAGUCUCAUACAUGAUAUCUCGUAAGGACCUCGAGUGUCUUCACAACAAUGGCUUCGACUACGCGUAAGCGCAAAGCUCAGGAUGGAUUGGAAGAAGCAACCAAAAGAUUGCGACUUGACAAAGCAGCCUCAACGAGCAUUCCUUCCCCGAUUGAUUACAAUGACGAGGAGGACGAGGAUGUAUACCAAUCCGAGGGUGACCAUGACUCGGAAGACGAAGAAGCCGCUGAUACUCCCAUUACUCCAUUCUCACCUUCUCGAAAGAAAUUCCCUUCCGAAUUAAAGACCAUCAAGUGUCCGCACGAAGGAUGCACAAAGACUUUCAAUCGACCAUCGAGAUUGACCAACCAUCUCAGAACUCAUACGAAUGAACGACCCUAUGUGUGCAAAUACGAGGGUUGCGAUAAAUCAUACUUCGAAGACAAGCAUCUGCAACAGCAUACUAAAGGAUCUCAUACCCACGAACGAUCAUUUCCUUGUGAUUGGGAGGGUUGUGGCAAGAGCUUUUUGACCUCUACUCGUCUGAAUAGGCAUAAAGAUACGCAUUUGGGACACGAACGAUUCCGUUGUACCGAAUACCCACCAUGCAACCAGACCUUCCGGAAGCACCAGACUCUUCAACGCCAUAUUCGCUCUGACCACCUGCACUUGACGCCUUUUCCGUGUACGUUCGUCGACCCUGUCACUGGAGAACAAUGUAAAGCGGGAUUUGAUGGUGGCACUGGCCUUCGGCAGCAUGUCAAUCGAGUCCAUGGCCCAGCCAAAUUCUUAUGUACAGAGUGUGCAGCACCUGGUUUCAAGACGGAAAGGCAGCUGCAGGCUCAUGUCCGAAAGGAGCAUGCGAGUUGUAUGUUCUGUGAUCUGAAGUUCUCCAGCCAGCAAGUUUUGGUGAAGCACAUUGAAAGCCAACAUUCUGGGAGCACCCUUGCUGAGAGGAAGAACGUUCCAUGUCCGUACGAAGGAUGUGGCAAGAGAUUCACCAAGCAAAAUAAUCUCAACACACAUAUUCGAAGUGCUCAUAUGGGCGAGCGCUUUAUCUGUGGCUCUUCUGAUGUCACCACUUAUCCUGAUAUCAGUUCUUUCGAUGAUAGUGACGCCUGUGGCAAAGACUACUUCUCCAAAGCCAGUCUUGUUGAUCAUAUUCGCAUCGCUCACUUUGGCCUACCAAGCAUUGUCAAUGCAAAUCGGAAACAGAACAUCAAAUUUGAAGAUGACCUCAUUGAUGAUGCAGAGGAGGAUGGCGAAUAUGCUCAGCCAAAGAAGUCCAAGAAAAAGACGAAGCAAGCCAAAGCUUCGGCUGUCGAUCAGCUUCUUGGAAUGUCUUAUGCCGCUGAUUCGCGACGAACUAUUCCUUGCUUUGCUCCAGGCUGCCCUCACAUGUUCAUCCGAGAAUAUGACCGUCAAGUCCACAUGCAAACCGCUCAUCCAUUCGAAGCUCCAGAAGCUGACCCUACUGUAUCUGCAUUCCAUACAGCCUUCGAUUUUCCACUCCCAGGAUCAAACAUGGGUGGUAUAGGACCAAGUGCUGGCUUUGAUUCUACAAACAUGCAAUCAGGAAUGUUUGACCAAGCAGAUAUCGAUUGGGAGCUCCAACGCCAGGCUUUAGAAGGAGGACCAUUCUGGGUUGGUGCUGAUGAGGCAGGAGGCAAUUCUCAGGAUCAGGAUGAGUGGACUCAAGAUCAGCUUGAGAUGCGGAGGUUGAUUGGCUGAGGGAUAUGGCUUCUUUAAGUGCGAUU